AUGAAGCCAUCUGAGUCCCAGCGGCGUGGAGGGGAAAAAACCUGGUGGGGUAGUGCCCCCCAGUACCAGUACAUGCCCUUCGAACACUGCACCAGCUACGGACUGCCCUCGGAGAAUGGGGGCCUCCAGCACAGGCCCCGGAGGGAUGCAGGGGCCCGGCCCAACUCCCACCCCACACAGAUUUAUGGCCACCGCAAAGAGCAAUUCUCAGAGAAGGAGCAGGACGCUGGGAUGCUCAAGAAGAUGGGCUCCAGGGCGACCAUGGACAGCACAGAUGAGGACCACUAUUCUAAAUGUCAAGACUGUGUGUACCGCCUGGGGCGCGUGGUGAGAAGGAAGUUGGGGGAAGACUGGAUCUUCCUGGUGCUCCUGGGACUGCUGAUGGCUCUGGUUAGCUGGUGCAUGGAUUACGUUAGCGCCAAAACCCUCCAGGCCUACAAGUGGACCUACUCCCAGGUGCAGCCCAGCCUGCCUCUGCAGUUCCUCGUCUGGGUCACCUUCCCGCUCGUCCUGAUCCUGUUCAGUGCCCUCUUCUGCCACCUCAUCUCUCCCCAGGCGGUCGGUGAGAACUGCCCCAUCCUUCCUGACCUCCCACCGUGCCUGAGCAGCUUGACUUCGCGGUGUCGGCCUGCGCCGUGGGCGUGGGAUGCUGCUUUGCAGCCCCUGUCGGAGCAGCCAUACUAUUACACGGAUAUGCUGACGGUGGGCUGUGCCGUGGGCGUCGGCUGUUGCUUUGGGACCCCACUUGGAGGGGUGCUGUUCAGCAUCGAGGUCACUUCUACCUACUUCGCUGUGCACAACUACUGGCGAGGGUUCUUUGCAGCCACGUUCAGUGCCUUUGUGUUCCGAGUGCUGGCCGUGUGGAACAAGGAUGCUGACACCAUCACCGCUCUCUUCAGAACCAAUUUCCGAAUGGACUUCCCCUUUGACCUGCAGGAACUGCCGGCCUUUGCUGUCAUCGGGAUUUGCUGCGGGUUCCUGGGAGCUGUAUUUGUGUAUCUGCAUCGCCAAGUCAUGCUGGGUGUCCGAAAGCACAAGGCCCUCAGCCAGUUCCUCGCUAAGCACCGCCUGCUGUACCCUGGAAUCGUCACCUUUGUCAUCGCCUCGUUCACCUUCCCACCGGGAAUGGGUCAAUUCAUGGCCGGAGAGCUGAUGCCUCGCGAAGCCAUCAGCACCCUGUUUGAUAACAACACGUGGGUGAAACACGUGGGGGAGCCCGCGAGCCUGGGCCGGUCAGCCGUGUGGAUCCACCCCCAGGUCAACGUCGUCAUCAUCAUUUUACUGUUCUUCGUUAUGAAGUUCUGGAUGUCCAUCGUGUCCACCACUAUGCCCAUACCCUGCGGAGGCUUCAUGCCUGUAUUUGUGCUAGGAGCUGCAUUUGGAAGGCUGGUAGGGGAGAUCAUGGCCAUGAUAUUCCCUGAUGGUAUCUUAUUUGAUGGCAUCAUCUACAAGAUCCUUCCUGGGGGCUACGCAGUAAUUGGAGCGGCAGCACUGACCGGUGCAGUGUCCCACACUGUCUCCACAGCUGUGAUUUGCUUCGAGUUAACGGGUCAGAUCGCUCACAUUCUACCCAUGAUGGUGGCUGUUAUCUUGGCCAACAUGGUAGCUCAGAGCCUGCAGCCCUCCCUCUAUGACAGCAUCAUCCAGGUCAAGAAGCUACCCUACUUGCCUGACCUUGGUUGGAACCAGUUCAGCAAAUUUACAAUCUUUGUUGAAGACAUCAUGGUACGUGACGUGAAGUUUGUUUCCGCUUCUUGCACAUACGGGGAGUUGCAAACCCUGCUCCAGACCACCACAGUCAAGACUCUACCACUGGUUGAUUCAAAAGAAUCCAUGAUCCUGCUGGGCUCGGUGGAGCGGUCCGAGCUCCAAGCCCUCCUGCAGCGCCACCUGUGUCCCGAGCGGAGGCUGCGGGAGGCCCAGGACCUGGCCAGGAAGCUGUCAGAGCUGCCUUUUGACGGGAGGGCCCGGCAGGCUGGGGACGGGCGCCAGGGCCCCUCACCCCGGGGCCGCCCCGAGUCCUUCGCCUUUGUGGACGAAGGUGAAGAUGAAGACCUCUCUGGGAGACAAGAGCUGCCCCCUCCUCACCCCCUUCCCACUGUUCCGCUGCCCCCUGAAGAGCCCAAUGGACCCCUGCCCAGCCCCAAGCAGCAGCCAGAAGCACCGGAACCUGCAGGUCAAAGACGCUCCAUCUUUCAGUCUCUGUUGUGCUGCUUGCUGGGCAAAACUCGCCCCACAAAGAAGAAAACAAGCCAGGAUCCAGCGGAUUUAGUGGAUACCAUGUCGCCUGAAGAGAUUGAGGCCUGGGAGCAGGAGCAGCUGAGCCAGCCCGUCUGCUUUGACUGCUGCUGUAUUGACCAGUCCCCUUUCCAGCUGGUGGAGCAGACGUCGCUGCACAAGAUUCACACGCUGUUCUCGCUCCUCGGCCUCCACCUCGCCUAUGUGACCAGCAUGGGGAAGCUCCGGGGUGUGCUGGCACUGGAGGAGCUGCAGAAGGCCAUCGAGGGGCACACCAAGGCUGGGGUGCAGCUCCGCCCUCCCCUGGCCAGCUUCCGGAGCACGACUUCCACCCGAAAGGCUCCCGGGGGCCCGCUCCCUCCCGCGGAGGGAUGGAGCCUGCCUGAGGAUGGAACUGGGGAUGUGGCUCCUGCCUCCCCAGAGCCAGAAGAUGUGGCUCCUGCCACCCCAGAGCCCCCCCUCUCCCUGGCUCCAGCCAGGGCGGAAGGCGAGCUGGAGGAGCUGGAGCUGGUGGACAGCCCGGGGCUGGAAGAGGAGCUGGCUGACAUCCUGCAGGGCCCCAGCCUGCGCUCCACCGAUGAGGAAGAUGAUGAGGAUGAACUGAUCCUCUGA